AUGUCUCCGACAAUACAAAAUUUCGUUCCCCCGCUCAACUUAUUAGUUUUGAUCCCAAUGCUCUCCUUCACAUCUCUUGUGGCUUGGGUAGUCUAUGCUAGGUUUUUUCAUCCAUUGGCUAAAUAUCCAGGACCGUUCUUUGCCUCCAUAACUCGUCUUUGGCACAUCAUCGAUGUGGCUUCGGGCAGUUCAGAUAAGACACAACGGCAACUCCACGAGAAAUAUGGACCGAUUGUUCGGAUAGCCCCAAAUGAAGUUGCUAUAGCGGACCCAGAAGCCAUCCGGACUAUCUAUUCUGCGCAAUCAGGCUUUACCAAGACCGACUUCUACCUUCCUUUUCGAGCAGACUGGGCCAGAUACCCAGACGCCUUUACCAACUUAGAUGAGCGCCAACAUUCCGAGAGACGCAGAAUCGUCAAUUCAGUCUACUCCAUGUCAAACAUCAUCCAGCUCGAAGAAGACAUCGACAAAUGUGUGCAGCUCCUUAUAGCCAAAUUCACAGACCGCGCCAUGAAAGGUUCAAUUAUCGACAUGUCUGAAUGGGUACAAUGGUACGCCUUCGACGUGAUCGGCAAACUCUUCUUCAGUAACCCCUUCGGCUUCCUACAAAAUGCCCACGAUCAUGCAGGCUACAUUCACGCCCUCGAUCUCCUCAUCCCCUUUAUCACAGUUGCCUGUGUCGCUCCUACAUACCUACGCCCCCUCGUCCUCCUCAGCGGCGCCGCCAUUCCGCGCGUACUUCAAUCACUCAAGGCCCUCAAGCAUAUCGAAUCUGCAUCCGAAGCGUGCGUGGAUCAGCGCGAGCGUCUCAUUGCGAACGGCAAAGCAGAGGAGUGCGAGGAUAUGCUACAGAGUUUCUUUACCAUUAUGCAGGAGAAAGGACAGGAAAAGGAUUUUGGGAUUACAGAGGUGAAGAUGGAGGCGUAUGGGGCUUUUAUUGCGGGCUCCGACACCACCGCUGCAGCGAUAACGUCGAUUCUAUACCACCUCAUGCGCACGCCGUCAGCAUACGCUAAGCUCACUGCUGAAAUCGAUGAGGCGGAGCAAGCUGGGUUGCUCAGCCAGGAUAUCCAAUACCACGAGGCGGUUGGGCUGUCGUAUCUCAUGGCUUGUUGCAAGGAGGGGAUGCGAUUGCAUCCUAGUGUUGGUAUGACGUUGCCUCGUCGUGUCCCUCGGGGUGGUUGCGUUAUUUCGGGCCAAUGGUUUCCCGAGGGGACGCGGGUUGGUGUCAACGCGGCAGUCGUGCAGCGUGACCAGGGUGUUUUUGGGCACGAUGCGGAUGAGUUUGUGCCAGAGAGGUGGUUUAGGCCUAAUGCGGCGAAGAUGGAGAGGUGUAUGUUCCAGUUUGGUGGUGGCUCGAGAACGUGUAUUGGCAAGAACAUUUCGCUCUGCGAAAUGUACAAAGUCAUUCCAUCGCUUCUUCGCUCGUUCGACCUACAACUUUCACAACCGGACAGAGAAUGGGAAACACGGAAUUACUGGUUUAACAAGCCAAGUAAAGUGUACACGAUGAUACGAUGCAGAGAUGUAAUCUUCCAAGGACCCCCCUGA